AUCAACCAGCUGAUCCCAAGAGCUGGCCCUCGGCUGAAGUUCCUAAAAAAAUUUAGAGAACUUGUUGAACCUGCUGUUGUCCCUGCUAUCCCACCUACAAUCUCUGAUGUCACACGAACUGCCACGCCUCCAAACCCCAUGGAGGAUCAAGCAGCUGCUGUGGUACCACUAAAUCAGCAGAUACAGACAAUAAACAUCAUUCCACAGUUUGAUGUCCGGCAGAUUCUUACAGGCUUACAUGAUGGCAAGGAAAUUGUUGAGAGCCUUGAUGAAGAUAAUGUCAUCACAACUAGUCAGAGACGUCUCCUCGUCCGUAUCUUGGUGUCGUACCUCGUUGAGAAUCCUACAUCAGAAACCAAAAAGGCACUGGCUUUGGGUUUGGUUCAGUCAUUUGCCUGUUUGAAAGACUCAUCAAGCAGUGGCAGCGAAAUAUGGUACACCCCAGGACGGAGCCACCGGCCAGCCACUGGAUUCCUAGUGGAAAGGCUGCGGAACAUCAGGAAGCGGCUGAGAUCAACCAGCAGGUCGCGGAGCACGGCACAGACGACAUCACCACAAACGCCAGAUGAUGAUGCUGCUCUUGCAAGGCCUCUCAUACCAGAAUGUACCAUAUCAGACGAACGUGCGUCACAGUUUAAAGAAUGGUUGAGAAACAAUUCUCAGCCCCUCAGCCAGGUAGAGACCUAUAUGGAAAACACGGCAGUCUACAGGGCAAAGUGGAUCAGAGAAAACAGUUGGACUAUUGAUCAAAUCCUUGAAGAGUUCCCUCGCCUAAUGACCAAAGGCAUGAUUGCACAGGAUUUUCUUGUCCUACAUGGGGAAGCUGCAUCCAAGCUUUUUGAAACUUGGCUGACCAUUUAUGCAGAGAAGGUCCUGUACCUGGCAAGACAGGAGGGGAAUCUAACAUUGCCCCUGGAUGGUUUAACACCAGAUGGCGUUGGGGAACUUGCCCUGAGGCAGCUGCCAGGAUUACUCCCCCCCACAACAUACAAAGUUGGCCGUGGCCGCGGUGCGAAAGUGGUACGCCACACCAAUUUUGAAUGCAGCUUGGCCUUCAUCGAUCAUAAGGCUCCUGGAAUAAACAUGGUCGAGUACCUCCAUGAGGCCAAGGCGUCCAAGCCAUACCCCCACGUCCUGACGCUGGGGAAUGACGGGAGUGCAUCUCAGGCAUUCGUAAUAAUAUCUGGACAGACCCUGGAGCAAGAAACACUGCUUCAGGCCAUUGAUGUCUGUUUUAAGGCAUUUUUUGUCUUUGACGUUGAAUACCCAAAACAAUGUGAGCAUGUGUGGAAAUUCAUGCAAAAUGUGAUCUAUGAAAUUCCAGGAGGGGAGUCAAAAAUGGUUACGUUUUUUAAAACUAGAAUACUUGCUUGCAAGUAGCUUAAUAGCAGCUUUUAGGAAUUUUAAUUUGUUCAAAAUAGAGCUGCUGAGUGUUGGCCUGUCGAGUGUUCAACCAGUUUAAUCAAAAUUCUGGAUGUGUUUCAACCUGAGAGAACUGCACCAGUUCCAGGAUAUUGUUGGGAACGGCACCAGUUCCAGGAUAUUGUUGGGAACGGCACCAGUUCCAGGAUAUAUAUUGUCGAUAUUAAUGUAAUAAAUUUUCAAAGAUUC